GAAACACACACAAGAACUCGAGCGAGCUAGCGAACGAGCUAUAUUGAUAGUUCUAAUAAUUAAGUUUAAUUAGUCUAAUAACUAGUGAAACAAGAAAGAAUGGCGAAGAUAGCUUUUGGCAGUCCUGGUGACUCUUUCAGCUUAGCCUCCCUCAAGGCUUAUCUAUCUGAGUUCAUCGCCACUCUUCUUUUUGUAUUUGCUGGUGUUGGAUCGGCUAUCGCUUACAGUAAGCUCACAACAGAUGCGGCCUUAGACCCACCUGGCCUUGUUGCGGUGGCAGUGGCUCACGCAUUUGCACUUUUUGUGGGAGUCUCCAUAGCAGCAAACAUUUCAGGUGGCCAUUUAAAUCCGGCUGUCACCUUCGGACUGGCCAUUGGAGGCAACAUCACCUUCCUUACUGGCCUUUUAUACUGGAUUGCUCAAUGCCUCGGCUCCGUCGUCGCAUGCCUCCUCCUCAAAGUCGUUACUAGCGCCGAGGGCAUCCCAACCCAUGGAGUUGCUUCAGGGAUGAGUGCUAUUGAAGGAGUGGUGAUGGAGAUUGUCAUAACCUUUGCACUUGUCUAUACUGUCUAUGCCACAGCCGCAGACCCCAAAAAGGGCUCCCUUGGAAUUAUAGCACCCAUUGCUAUAGGGUUCAUUGUUGGUGCUAACAUUCUUGCUGCUGGUCCAUUCAGUGGUGGUUCAAUGAACCCAGCUCGCUCAUUUGGCCCAGCUGUGGUUAGCGGUGACUUCUCACAGAACUGGAUCUACUGGCUGGGGCCACUAGUUGGAGGUGGAUUGGCUGGGCUUGUUUACGGCUGUGUUUUCAUUGGGUCUUAUGCAGCUGCCCCAGUUUCUGCAGACUACGCCUAAACAGUCGCAUAGGCUUGUGGAUGGUGAUUUGCUUUCUUGCUUUCUGUGUAGGUUUGAGCCUGUUCUUUGUUAAUGACCAG